CGACCCCAAUGGACCCCAAAACCGAUCCGUGGAGCCCCGACGACUCCUGGCUCGCGUGGCUCGCGCCGCUCGCGCCUUGCGCGUUAAGCGCCAUGGGGGAGCUCAGCAGUUUGACGGGGGAUGUGGGCCCAGCCUUCCCGGUGGUGAUCCCCGUGGGCCGCGCUGGCACAGCUGUGGAGGAAGCCGUCGAUGCGGCGACCACGACCACUCCGGCCAAGGUGAGUGAAGAAGGACCUGAAGCCGAAGCAGCGAUGUGGAAGGUUCGUGGCCCCCUCCGUCGAGGCCCUGGGCGACGUGGUGACGACGAGGUUACGGCUGGCCGCAGACCGUGUAUCAAAGGGUCCCCCGCAGCCAGCUGCUCCGCCGUUCACCAGCGCCAGCGCUUUACCUCCAGUUGGGCCAGGCCUCGGCAUGGGCGCGCUGCCUCCGGUGCCCGUCUCUGGUGCUGGGCCUGGCCCCUGGGGCACCCCACCGCCACUGCCCCCGGUGGUGGCACCUGCAUGUUGUCCACCGUGGUGGAGUGUGAUGCCCCGCCGCUCAACUGAGGCCCUGCGGAGCUUCUUGUGAGGCCAAAAAUGAAGCGUGAAGUGCGAAGCGGAAGUUGGGAACUGGCGUCGCUAGGUAUGACAUUAAGAUUUCUCCACCCAUGUUUUCCUCCAAACAAAAAACAUUUCAGGGGAAACGGGUGUACAUUUUGGUGACUGGGGCGAAAGAAGUUUCAGCCUCAGACUCAGAACAAGCCAGGUCCUUCACGUGUGUGAAACAAAUGAACCUGCUUCUAGUGACAUUCAAGGAACUUUGAGUCUGUCUUGUUGAGGGGUCUUGAUGAAUCUUUAUGAAAGGAAUCAAACAAGCAGAAGGUCCCGUUGGUAUGUGCAUACCUUCUGCUAAAUCAGCAUGGAAACAGCCCUGGGAAGAUUCAGAUAAGCACGGCCUUCAUCGUAGAGGUGUUUCACCUUCAAUGUCUGUUUUGCGGAGGUGCUCUGGGAGCAGGAAUCCUGAGUCACCGCGUGUUCGUGCUUGAACUCGACCUGAGCCGAAGCAAACGUCCUGAGUCCAAUGAGUCCAGUCGACCAUCGCGCUGUUGCUGCCGUAGCUGUGGCCGUCGUUGGUUGAACUGUUCGAGUCUUGCAAGCUGCCGGGCGCGAACUCGAAGACCUCUGAGGCUCACUCCGGCUCAAAGAUGUGGGCCAUCAAUAUGAUCGCAAAAGGUACAAUAAAGGGAGAAAAUCAUCCUUAACAAUGCUUGAAGCUCAUGAAACUGGCCAUGC